GGCAGAGCAAAGGGGAACUUGCCCAAGUAGUUGCGCCUCGGGCGUCUCUGCGUCCUGGAAGCCGGGGAGGAAGGAGGGGCAGGAAGGGACGUAGCGGGCGGACAGAGCUGGCCCUGCCCCGCCGCUGGGAGCCCUUCCCGGCCGGAUCCCUGCCCUUGAACCCCUUCUCUCCCUCCUUCUCCUUCUCUCCCUCCGGAGCCGCCAUGGGGCGCAUCGAGUGGGCCAUGUGGGCCAACGAGCAGGCGCUGGCUUCGGGGCUGAUUCUAGUGGCCGGCGGCAUCGUGGCCGUUUCGGGCCAGUUUAAACGUUGGGAAUUUGCAGCAUAUGCCAUAGCAGCCGGGGUUUUUAUUUGCCUGCUGGAAUAUCCGAGAGGGAAGCGGAAAAAGGGAUCCACGAUGCAGAGAUGCGGCCAGCAGUAUUUCACUCCCGUCGUGAAGGUGUUUGGACCCCUGACCCGGAAUUACUAUGUCCGGUCCAUCUUACAUGCAUGCCUGGCCGUGCCAGCAGGAUUCCUCUUGGCCACGAUCCUGGGGACGGUUUGCCUUGCCAUCGCGAGCGGCAUCUACUUACUGGCGGCCACCCGCGGCGAAGAGUGGCAACCCAUUGAGUCCAAGCCCAAGGAGCGGCCCCAAGUCGGGGGCACCAUCAAGCACCCCCCAACCAACCCCCCGCCUCGGCCCCCGCCGGACGCCCGCAAGAAGCCCCCCGAGGACGGUGCCGGCGGUCAAGAAAACCCCAUCGCGGUCGAAGUGGAAGCGGAGUGACGGGGCGGCCACAGAAGGGCCGACGGAGGAUGCAGCGGUCAAGAGGAAACGUUGCGGGUCCAAAAUACGGCCCCCCAUCAGCCCCACACUCUGUCUCAUGAAGACAAACAUUCCCCAGUCUUUCCUGUUGCGUCAUUCUUGACCACUUGCUUGACCAAUGGCAACCAUAUUCCUUGACCCAUGGCUGCCAUGUUGCUUGACCAGCAGUGGCCAUACGACUUGAUAGUUUUUCAUCACCAGGCCAAACACUCCCCAGUCUUUCCUGUUGUGUCAAUAAGGGCCACAAUAGUUCUUGACCAAUGAUGGCCAGAAUUGCUUGGUGGUUUUUCAUCACCAGGCUCCCCAGUCUUUCUUGUUGCCUUGAUAAUAGUGGCCAUAUUGCUCGACAAACAGUGGCCAUAUUGCUCAACCAAUGAAGGACAUAUUGCUUGACCAAUGGUGGCCUUAUUGCUCGACCAACAGUGGCCCUAUUGCUCGAUCAAAGGCAGCCAUAUUGCUCAACCAAUGGUGGUCAUAUUGCUCAAACAAGGGUGACAAUAUUGCUUGACCAACAGUGGCCGUAUUGCUUGACUAAGGGUGGCCUUAUUGCUCGAACAAUGGGGGCUAUAUUGCUGAACCAAUGGCAGCCAUAUUGCUCAACCAAGGCUGGCCACAUUACGUGACCAAUGGUGGCUGUAUUGCUCGACCAAUGGUAGUCAUAUUGCUCAACCAACGCAGGCCGUGUUGCUUGGCCAAUGGUGGCUGUAUUGUUCGAUCAACGGCAGCCAUAUUGCUUGCUCAAGGGUGGCCUUAUUGCUUGAUCAAUGGCAGCCAUAUUGCUCAAACAACAGUGGCCAUAUUGCUCAACCAGUGGUAGACAUAUUGCUCAACCAACAGUGGCCAUAUUGCUUGACCAGUGGUAGACAUAUUGCUCGAACAAUGGUGGCCAUAUUGCUUGACCAGUGGUAGACAUAUUGCUCGAACAAUGGUGGCCAUAUUGCUUGACCAGUGGUAGACAUAUUGCUCGAACAAUGGUGGCCAUAUUGCUUGACCAGUGGUAGACAUAUUGCUCGAACAAUGGUGGCCAUAUUGCUUGACCAGUGGUAGACAUAUUGCUCGAACAAUGGUGGCCAUAUUGCUUGACCAGUGGUAGACAUAUUGCUCGAACAAUGGUGGCCAUAUCGCUUGACCAGUGGUAGACAUAUUGCUCGAACAAUGGUGGCCAUAUUGCUUGACCAGUGGUAGACAUAUUGCUCGAACAAUGGUGGCCAUAUUGCUUGACCAGUGGUAGACAUAUUGCUCGAACAAUGGUGGCCAUAUCGCUUGACCAGUGGUAGACAUAUUGCUCGAACAAUGGUAGACAUAUUGCUCGACCAGUGGUAGACAUAUUGCUUGAACAAUGGUGGCCAUAUUGCUUGACCAGUGGUAGACAUAUUGCUCGAACAACGGUGGCCAUAUUGCUCAACCAAGGGUGGCCAUAUUGCUUGACCAGUGGUAGACAUAUUGUUCAAACAAUGGUGGCCAUAUUGCUCAACCAACAGUGGCCAUAUUGCUCGAACAAUGGUGGCCAUAUUGCCCAACCAAGGGUGGCCAUAUUGCUUGAUCAGUGGUAGACAUAUUGCUUGAACAAUGGUGGCCAUAUUGCUCAACCAAGGGUGGCCAUAUUGCUCGACCAGUGGUAGACAUAUUGCUCGAACAAUGGUGGCCAUAUUGCUCAACCAAGGGUGGCCAUGUUGCUUGAUCAGUGGUAGACAUAUUGCUCAACCAACGGAGGCCAUAUUGCUUGAUCAGUGGUAGACAUAUUGCUCAACCAACGGAGGCCAUAUUGCUUGAUCAGUGGUAGACAUAUUGCUCAACCAAGGGUGGCCAUGUUGCUUGAUCAGUGGUAGACAUAUUGCUCAACCAACGGAGGCCAUAUUGCUUGACAAAUGGUGGCUGUAUUUUUCGAUCAACAGCGGCCAUAUUGCUCGACCAUUAAUGGCCAUGUUGCUUGACCAAGGGCGGUCAUAUUGCUUGACUAAUGGUGCAAUUAUUGCUCGACUAAUAGUGUCCAUAUUGCUCGACCAACAGUGGCCAUACCAAGACAGGAUAUUGUUCCUAAAUUUGCCAAAAUUCCCUUUUCCAUAUCUCUUCCUAUUCUCCGUAGAGUUUCUCGUGUUUUUACAUUGUAAUAAAAUGACUUCAACGGUCA